AACAUUGAAAUAAAAGAAGUUUUUUAUUCAUUUAGGUCUUUAGAACAAAGUGUUGAACUCUACCAUAUGGUAGGUAUACGAGUUUUGUGACACUUCCGUCAAUCAGACAAUCAUGUGGACAUCUAUCGUAUGCUACUUAGUCUGUGCGCUACAGGUGUCUGCAGCCGCUACCGCUCAGGAAUCAGAUUCUAAAUACUGGAUUGAAAAUGGAAAACGAAUGUUGGAAGAAAAGUCGAAAUUACAAUUACGAACAAACAAGGCGAAAAAUGUUAUAAUGUUCCUAGGAGACGGUAUGUCAUUAACCACGUUGACGGCUGCUCGGAUAUAUAAAGGUCAGUUGCAGAACAUAUCAGGCGAAAGUGAACACUUGAGUUUUGAACAGUUUCCGUUCACCGGAAUAUCAAAGACGUAUUGCGUUGACAAUCAAGUGGCCGAUUCAGCAUGCUCCGCUACAGCAUAUUUGUGCGGUGUUAAAACUAAUAAAGGCACUAUUGGAGUAACGUCUAAAGUACUCUUAGGAGACUGUCCGGCAUCGGUGCCUGAAGAGCACCGCGUGACUUCCAUAAUGCAAUGGGCGCAAUGGGCUGGCAAGGCAACCGGAAUUGUUACCACGACCCGGGUUACCGAUGCGUCUCCAGCAGGUACUUAUGCACAAACAGCGCAUCGGGACUGGGAAUCUGAUUUAGAUAUGAUAACGAAAUCCAAUGGAACAACGAAUAUCACGCUUUGUACAGACAUAGCUAAACAGCUUAUAACAAAUGAUCCUGGUAGAAAUUUCAAAGUUAUCAUGGGCGGUGGUCGUGAUAAUUUUUUGAAGAAGGAAGUGAAUUCCACAGGCAAAAGAGUUGACGAAGACUUGGUUAUUAGUUGGAAGAACGACAAAAAAACUAGAUUCGGUGAUAAAAUAGCUAAGUACUUGACGACUAGAGAAGAAUUAAUAAAAACAGACAUGUCCAAAACUGAUUUUGUGUUAGGUCUUUUUCAUCCGAGUCACAUGGACUACAGAUUAAAAUCUAAUUUUGUGACGCAGCCCACGUUACAGGAAAUGACCAGGAACGCUAUUCAGUUGCUCCAGAAAGAACCUAAUGGCUAUGUUCUUUUUGUAGAAGGGGGGCUUAUUGACAAAGCACAUCAUAAGACAUGGGCAAAAAUCGCACUAGAUGAGACGUUAGAAUUUUCAAAAGCCAUAUCAGACGUUGUGGCGUUGACAAGUGAAGAUGACACAUUAAUCGUGGUAACUUCAGACCAUGCGCAUACCAUGUCGAUGGCUGGUUAUCCUAAACGAAACGCUAAUAUUCUUGGUUUAACAAAUGAACUUGCCAUGGACAAUAUGACGUACACAACUCUGAGCUACGCCAAUGGUCCAAAAAAAUCCUUCACAAAUGAUAGCACGUGUCACAGGGUCAACGUGACUAGCGAAGAUAUAAAAAAAAUCGAUUUUGAAUAUCCAAGUCUAAUCGAUCGAUCUAGUGAGACUCAUGGAGGAGAUGAUGUAAUGGUAUUUGCGAGAGGUCCCAUGUCUCAUUUAUUCAUUGGGAACUACGAACAAAAUCAAAUUGCUCUAGGUAUAGCUAUGGCAGCUGGUAUUUCCACAGAUUAUCCAACUUCUAACACCAGUAAUGUUGUUCGAUUGCAAUUUGCUGGACAAGCAAUUCUUAGCAUGAGCAUAUUGAUAAGUCUUGUGCAAAUUUUAAAGUAUAGCUCAUAGAUUUUAAAAAGUUUAUUAUAAUAUUUAUUUUGUAUUGUUUUUAUAUUUGUUAGUC